AUGGGUCUUCUCUCGCUAGGAACGCCCAUGGAAUGGAAAGAUGCUCAACCCUUGGCAUCACAUGUCCGCAAGCACGGCAUCCAGCAGUUCCUCUCACUCUGGAACAAGAUCAAGGACCGUCGCGGCGACAUCCUGCUCUGGGGUGACGAGAUCGAGUACAUUGUCGUGUCCUUUGACGAAGAGACUCAGAAUGCCAAGCUGUCCUUGAGGCAGGAAGAGAUCCUCAAGGUCUUGUCAGCCAGCGACCAAGAGACACGCGAAUCUGCUCCUGGGCUUGCAGGUCAGAUCCCCACUUUCCAUCCCGAGUUCGGCCGCUUUAUGCUCGAGUCGACGCCCGGGUCGCCCUACGGCGCCAGCCCCAAGGAAUUGAGAGGCGUCGAGCGAAACAUGCGCCUUCGCAGGCAAAUCGCUCGCUCGCAUCUCAAGCCCAACGAGCUGCCCAUCACGCUCACCUCGUAUCCACGCCUCGGUGUCACGGACGCACCUUUCACAGAGCCACACUACGAACCCAGAGGCAAUGCAUCACGAUCUAUGUUCCUUCCCGACGAGCUUAUCAACCCACAUGCGCGCUUCCCCACGCUGGCAGCCAACAUUCGAAAGCGUAGAGGUUCCAAGGUUGCCAUCAACAUGCCCAUCUUCAAGGAUGUCAACACGCCUUCACCGUUUAUCGACCCUAGCAUUCCGUGGGAUCGCGACUUUUUCCCCGAGGAUGCAGAGGCAAAGGCAGGUGCCGCCAAGCCAGACCACAUCUACAUGGACGCCAUGGGUUUUGGGAUGGGAUGCUGCUGUCUGCAAGUCACCUUCCAGGCUUGCUCGGUGCAGGAAGCACGUACGGUAUACGACCAGCUCAUCCCCAUCGGACCCCUGCUGCUCGCACUCACAGCUGCCUCCCCAGCCUACCGCGGUUACCUUUCGGAUGUAGAUUGCCGAUGGAACGUCAUCUCGGCUGCUGUGGACGAUCGCACACCGCAAGAGAGGGGCGAACCGGCGCUCGACCUCCCCGGCCACACCCCACGUGGAGGACUCGACCGAGACGCUGAAAAGAUCCCCAAGUCGAGGUAUGACUCGGUGGACUCGUACAUCUCGCAGGACCCGCUCAACCGUCGCAGCUACAAUGACAACCCGCUGCCCAUCAACGCAGAAGUCAAGCAGCAGUUGCUCGAGGCCGGGGUCGACGACUUGCUUUCGGAUCAUCUCGCGCAUCUGUUCAUCCGCGAUCCCCUCGUCAUCUUCAGUGAGAUGGUCGACCAGGACGACGAGACGAGCACGGAUCACUUUGAGAAUCUGCAGUCGACCAACUGGCAGACGAUGCGGUUCAAGCCGCCACCGCCGGGAGGGAGGAUCGGAUGGAGGGUCGAGUUCCGCAGUAUGGAGGUGCAGAUCACCGAUUUUGAAAACGCGGCGUUUUCGGUGUUUAUCGUCUUGCUCACGCGGGCCAUUCUCAGCUUUGGGCUCAACUUUUAUAUGCCGUUGACGAAGGUUGAUGAGAACAUGGGGCGCGCGCACCGUCGGGAUGCGGUGAAUGGCGAGAAGUUUUGGUUCAGGAAGGAGGUAUUUCGGACGCGGAAUCGUCAUGCUUCGCGCCAGGCUUCGCGGCAAGUGUCGAGGAGCGGGUCGGCCGAGGAUUUGCAAGGUGGUGCCAGAUCCGUCAAUGGCAUCGAAAACGGAAACGGUCAUGGCAGUGACAAUGGAAGGGCUAGCCCGCAGAGCAUCGCCUCCUCGUCCUCCGACGGCGUCGCCGGCAGCCCAGCAGACGAAUACGCCGAUUUCAGCAUGGACGAGCUGAUGAACGGCAAGGGCGACGACUUCCCCGGUCUCGUCGGGCUGGUGCACAACUACCUCGACAGCCUCAACAUCGACGUCGAGACGCGCUGCGAGAUGGGGCUCUAUCUCGACCUGGUCUCGCAGCGCGCCAGCGGGCAGCUCAUGACGACGGCGACGUGGAUCCGACAGUACGUCCGCAACCACCCAGAGUACAAGGGCGACUCGGUGGUGAGCCAGAAGAUCAACUACGACAUGAUCAAGCAGCUGGAUCGCAUCGAGCGCGGCGAGGUCGAUGCUCCCGGCUUUUUGCCACGCGGCUAUGCGGCGCGGAGGCAGAGCCAGGAGACUCAGCCGGAUCUGAGGGCGCAGGCGUAG